UGAAAAUUCCCGCGGAGGCUCACGGCGGGUCUCGCGAGAACUCCGCCUGCCCCCCCCCCCCCCCCCAUCCCGUCCCGCCCCCCGCGCGGCGGGUGAGCGAGCGAGUGAAGAAUGCGAGACCUAACGGCUCAGGUAACGAGCAGUCUGCUGCAGUUUCCAGAGGUGACUGUUCAGGCACUUGGGGAAGAUGAGAUCACCCUAGACUCUGUGCUGUGUGGGAAGUUUUCUGGAGGCAGAAGUGGCCUGGCGUGGCUGGCGUGUGGCCCUCAGCUGGAGGUGGUGAGCUCUGUGACGGGAGAGCGGCUCUCUGCAUAUCGCUUCAGCGGAGUGAACGAGCAGCCUCCCGCUGUUCGCGUGGUGACCGAGUUUUCUUGGCAGAAGAGGACUGGACUCCUGGUUGGGUUGGAGGAAGCAGAGGGAAGUGUUCUCUGUCUCUAUGACCUUGGGAUCUCAAGAGUGGUUAAAGCAGUUGUUCUUCCAGGAAGGGUGACUGCCAUCGAACCCAUCAGCAGUGACGGCGGAGCCAGUGUGAGCACCCGGCACCUGCACCAGAGCCUGCGAUGGCUCUUUGGAGUGGCAGCGGUGGCUACAGACGUUGGCCAUGUCCUUCUGGUUGACCUUUGUUUGGAUGAUUUAUCUUGCAGUCAGAAUGAAGUAGAAGCAUCGGAUCUAGAAGUUGUCACUAGAAUUCCUGCUGAAGUUCCACAGAGAAGAGAAGCUGUGACCAGAGAAGGGAGGCAUCUCUGUUUUCAAUUACGAAGUCCUUCAGGAACAGCAGUAUCAACCCUGUGCUACAUAAGCAGAAGCAACCAGCUCGUUGUGGGUUUUUCUGAUGGCUACUUGUCACUAUGGAAUAUGAAAACUUUGAAGAGGGAGCACCACUCUCAGCUUGAAGGAGGAAGGAUUCCUGUCUAUGCAGUUACUUUUCAAGAGCCUGAGAAUGAUCCUCGCAAUUGUUGCUACUUGUGGGCUGUUCAGUCUACACAGCAAAGUGAAGGUGAUGUUGUGAGUUUACAUCUGUUGCAGUUAGCAUUUGGUGACAGAAAACGUCUGGCAUCAGGACAAGUCAUGUACGAGGGUUUGGAAUAUUGUGAUGAAAGGUACAGUUUAGACCUCACUGGUGGAAUCUUUCCCUUGAGAGGGCAGACCAGCAAUACUAAAUUACUCAGCUGUCAGACCAUAGAAAAGUUUCGCAACCAUGCUGACAGAGAGGAUAGCAUUAAUGAAGUAAUCUCUCCUGACACCAGUGUAUCAAUCUUCAGUUGGCAAGUGAAUACCUAUGGUCAGGGAAAACCAUCUACUUACUUGGGUGUGUUUGACAUCAAUCGCUGGUAUCAUGCUCAAAUGCCAGACUCACUGAGGCCAGAAGAAUUCCGUCAUGAUUGCCCCUAUUUUGCACUGUGGUCACUGGAUCCUGUAAUAAGCAUGACUUCUCCAAACCUCAUUUUGGAUAUUCUGGUACACGAGCGUAGUCUAAGUCGGGGGGUUCCUCCUUCUUAUCCACCGCCUGAACAGUUUUUCAAUCCAAGCACCUAUAAUUUUGAUGUUACGUGCUUGCUCAGCUCGGGAGUUGUUCACAUGACUUGCACCGGCUUCCAGAAGGAGACCUUGAAGUUCUUGAAGAAAUCUGGUCCUUUAAUAAGUGAAGCCAUUUGUGACAGCUACACUCGGUGUCUUGUAGCUGGCUUGCUGUCUCCAAGACUGGUUGAUGUCCAGCCAUCCAGUUUGAGUCAGGAGGAGCAGUUAGAAGCGGUGUUGUCAGCUGCUGUGCAGACAGGUUCUUUAGAACUUCUGACGGGAUGCAUUAAACACUGGACUUCUGAAGAGCAGCCAAGUUCUGCUGUAAAUUUACGGUUUGUUCUUGAGUGGACGUGGAGCAAAGUGAUCUGUACAAAAGAUGAACUGGACCAAAUAUGUGUUCCGCUGUUUGAUGGCUCCUGCAACUUCAUUGACCCCCAGACACUACAGUCCCUUCAGCACUGCCAGCUGCUUCUGAGCAACCUCAGCACAGUCCUGAACUGUUUUCUAACAGAAGCCCGAGAGCUUACUGAGAAAGGUUUUACAGACUUGACAAAUAAGCAGGUGGUAACCAGCCUCAUUUCUUUGUAUGCACAAGUGGUGAUCUGGUUCUGUCGAUCCAGUCUCCUGCCUGAGGGUUUAGAUGACCAUAUGCAUUUGUCCAGACCUUUCUACAAUUACCCUCUGAUUCAGAGCUACUAUACGGGUCACCGACAGAAACUCCAGCGCUUAUCAAGAGGAAGGUGGGAUUCUGACUGCUUGAUGAUUGAUGGAAUGGUUUCCCAGCUGGGAGAGCAAGUUGAAAAGUUGUGGCAGAGAGAUGAAGGCGGCACUGGGAAAUACCCACCUGUCAGUUUACACGCACUGCUGGAUCUCUAUUUGCUAGAAAGCAUUGAAGAAAGUGACAAACAUGCAAUUACAAUUUACUUGCUGCUGGAUAUCAUGCAUUCCUUUCCAAAUAAAACAGAAACUUCGAUUGACUCCUUUCCAACUGCCUUUGCUAUUCCUUGGGGUCUCGUUAAGCUUAUUCAAGGGUUUUGGCUUCUAGAUCACAAUGAUUAUGAAAAUUCCCUGGCCCUGCUCUUCCAUCCAGCUACAAUCAAGACUGUGUCAUGGCAACACAUGAGGAUAAUUCAAUCCCUCAUGUGCCAGGGAGAGCACAGGCGAGCCCUCAGGUACAUCCAGAUGAUGAAGCCGUCGAUGUCCAGCAGCAGUGAAGUGCGGCUGUUCCUCACCGUGUUGUUGUCCAACAGGUGCAUGGUGGAGGCUUGGGGUCUGUUGCAGCAGCACACCACGAAGUUAACCAUAGAAGAGCUGCUCAAGCACAUGUAUGAAAUCUGUCAGGAGAUGGGGCUCAUGGAGGAUUUGCUGAAGCUGCCCUUCACAGACACGGAAAAAGAGUGUUUGGAGAAGUUUUUACAGACCAAUGCUGGUGUUCAGAAUCGUGAGUUCCUUUUAGUCCACCAUCUGCAGCGUGCCAACUACAUCCCAGCGCUCCAGCUGAAUCAGUCCAUGAAGGCCAAUCUGACGAAUGAUCGUGAUCCUCACCUGAGAGAGAGAGCAGUUGCCAGAAAUUCUCUAUUAGACCAAUAUGGCAAGGUGCUUCCCACAGUUCAAAGGAAGCUGGCAGUAGAGAGAGCCAAGCCGUACCGUUUGCCUUCAUCAGUCUUAAGAGAAGUGCCAAGGCCAAAGCCUUUAUCAACAGUAACAAGGCAGGGCAAUGCAGGAAAUGUGCAUACAAGAGCAACUUUCAUCAGUAAAGUGUUGUCCAAAAUUGGGGAAGUAUGGUUAGGAAAUGAGCAGAAAACAAAUAUCUCACAAUAUGAUAGUCCUAGAACUACAGAGCCAGCAGUCAGUACCCAUCCUCUCCCUGCUGCAGAGUUGCCCGAUGCAUUUCUUGGGACACCUAUUACGAAACUUUCUCAAAAAUGUUCAAGGUUACUGGAUUUGGUGGUUCGUCCUGUUCCUUCCCGCUCUGUGGCACAGGAUGAGAGCCAGCAGUCCCCAUGCAGAGCUUCUACUUCUUCCGUGGCAUCCAGCCCCCUGAGAUCAAAUACACAUCGCUCCAGCUCCCAAAAGAAUCUUCCAAGAGCAUCAGAGCUGAAUUUACUGGAAACUCCUCUUGUGGUCAAGAGAGCUAAAGUUUUGGCCACAUCUUCUGGUUUUCCUGGGUUUACUCCUCAGUCUAUUCUCAGGUCCAGCCUUCGCACUACACCCCUAGCAACUCCCUCUGCAUCCCCAGGACGAUCAGUUACUCCUCCUCUACGAGCAAAGGAACCUAGAAUAUCUUUCAGGGAAGAGAGCUCGAAUGCAAAGUGGACUGUUGGGGUGACAGAAGAUGAUAAAGCACUAUUUGGAGCUUCAUCUGAGCAUCAUCAUGGCUUGAUGGAGGAUUCUUGGUCUGAAAGUAGAGAGAAACCAACUCUGUUUACUCUGAGCAAUCCUGGGGGUGAUGGUGCUGAAUUGCAGGAGUCUUUGGAAAGCUUACCUGGAGAUGAUUUGGAGAAGAUGGAUGUCAGCAAAGAAAAUAGUAACUUCUCUGUCAGAUCAGACCAGACUACUUUGGAGUAUCAUGAUGCAAAAUCACCUGGUGAUUUUGAAGAUGAUGUCAUCUUUAUAGCUGCUAAACCAGCUAAUUCUUCCACUGAACAAACUGGUGAUGUUCAAGAAUGGGAGAAGGAGGAAGAAACUGAAAUGGUCGAAGAUAAACCUUUCCAGAUGAAACAACUAGAUCCUUCAGAACGAAGAAAAGAAGCAGGAUUUGUGGAAGAAUCAAAUGCUACAUGUCAUACCCUUCCUGAGGGUGAUAAAUCGGUGUUUAAAGCUGCUGAGGCUGCUACUUCAAGGGCUGGAAAAGAAGGUGAAACAGCCUACCAGGAGUCUGAAAUGACCUCUUCAUCAGAAGAAAAAGCCAUACUGGUUGCAACAAAUCCACAGCUCUCUGAAUCCCCAGAGGCAGACAGUGAACCUGUGAUAAGUAUCCUUGACAGUGAGGACAGGGUCAGUACUCCGUCUGAAAAUCGCCUUGAGGGCAAGUGUGUGGAUUUACCUGAAGAAUGUAACCCUAAGGCAGCUGAAGUUGAAGAAGACCAUGUUUCUAACAAUCCUCCUAAAACUGAGGAAAUUAAUGUUAUAGAAGAUACCUCAGAACCAGCACCUGAAACAUCUCCAUAUAGUGAACUAGAUCCAUCAAGCGAUCUUCAUUAUAGCUAUGAAAAUAUCGAGCAGCAGUUUGCAUGUGAUUUUCCUGAUAAUAAAGAUAGUGAAUGUGAUGCAGCUGAGGGAGAUGGAGACCUUUUUCUAUCUCAGAGUAAUUUUACCUUAGUUUUGGAAGGAGAAGAAGGGGAAGCAGAGAUGGGAGACCCUACAUCAGUAGAUGCUUCUAAACCAGAUGAGACAACAACAGAAGAACAGGUCAACCCUGUGACCAAUUUAGGAAAUAAUGAAAGCCAGGAACAUGUUACAAACUCAGUGUCCACUGUAACUGGUGAUCAGGAAUCUCAAAAUAUUGCAGAGUCACUCCCAUAUGUGCCUGAACCUAUUAAGGUUGCCAUUGCUGAGAACUUACUGGAUGUAAUUAAAGACACAAGAAGUAAAGAAUUUACAUCUGAAGUUGUAGAACAAUCUAUUCAUGAAACCAUAGGUAAAAAGGUAACUAGAUUCCAGAAGGCAAAAGCUCCCUUAACGCCUGUGCUGGAAGCAGUGGGAGAGGAAACCAGCAGACAUCAUUAUGGCAUUGCUCCAAGAACACGCACAAGGGGACAGCUGAGUAGAAGUCCAGGUGUUCUGUCAGCAGGCACUCAGCAGCUGCUGAAGACAGACAGCCCAGCUCUGCUUGGACUGUCUCCUCGGAGGAGUACCAGGCGAACAAAAGAAGCACCUGAGACUCCCAGUCUCCAAUCAGAGGAAAAUGCUCAAGAGGAGCAAACACCUGUGGCGCCUGUCACUCCUAGGAGAGGUAGGAAACCUAAAGUGUCAAAUGCAGAAAAAACAGAAAGCAGCCAUUCUGAUGGACAAAACGUGUCUGACAGUAUGCGGCCUGUUACUCCCAGAAGAGGACUAAGGAGAGCAAAGGAAGCUGCGCCUGAGCUCCAAGAAGAGGCUACUACUGAGGAAACGCCUCUUGCUGAAGGUAGCAUUAUUACUUCUUUCGCUUCCAAAAGGACUAAAGGAGGAAAAAGUUCAGCUGGAAAUCCAGAAACUAGCAAGAGUGAUACUGAUCAUAAGGUAAAAACAGCAGUCAGUCCCAGUAGAAGUGCAAGAAAAUUGAAAAGCUUUAAUUUACAGUUUACUGAAGAUACUGUUAAGGAUCAACAGGUGCAGCCUAGUGACCAACUCCUUUCACCUGUGCCAAGUAAAAGAGGCAGAAGAAGAAAGAUUAGUUCAUCAGAAGUUUCAGAAAAUUCUGAUCUUGAUCUGUCUAAAUCGUCGCUUCCUCAAACAGAAUUUAAACUUCCUGUCACACCUAGAAGAAGUGCUAGGAAGGCAGCACAAAACCUCUUGGCAGACCCAGAGUCUACCUCUGCUCAGGAAGACACACAUUCAGGUGAGAAAGUAGAAGUCCUUGAUACUCCUAAGAGAAGAACUAGAAGAGUGCCACAUGAGAAUCCAGAAAAAGUGGAUACUCACGAGCAAGCACCUGCAGAGCCAAGCGAGGAGCCAACCACACCUAGGACUACGGUAAGGACAGGGCGUCGGGGCAGGAAGAGGCGAUCAGUGUCCGAGGAGACCUCCCAGGGACCUGGUGGCAGUCCUUUGCUGCUUGAAGACAUAAACCCCUCAGGACAUGAUCAGACAUCAAGAGCUCUGACAGAUCGUGUUACAAGAACCAGAUCCCGCAGAACUGCCAUCCAUCAGAAACUGUCUGCUGAGGAAAAUGAGGCUUUCCUUUUCUCUCCUCCUCUCACAAAGCUGACUAAGAAAUUUGAAGGUGGAAAAACAGACCAUCCUGUGCAAUUUAACGAUUUAGACCCGGAUUUGUCUUCUCAAUUUGUCUUUUCACCCCCUCUUUUGAGGUCAAGGAGAAAAACUGUAGCUAGCAUUUCCCGAAUUGUGAAAGAAGCAGAGGUUCCAGCUAAAGAGGAAGAGGAUACCAAAUCCAUAGAGUCUGGGGGAAAGCAAAAAUUGAAGAGAGGUAGAACUCCAAAAUCAAAAAUGAAGAAAGCAAGCAAAACCACAAAAGAAAGUUCUUGGUCACCUCCACCAGUGGAAAUAAAAUUCAUCUCUCCUUUUGGAAGUCCAGUGGAUGGAACAAAAACAAAACAGAAGGAAACUACAGAUGCAGCAGGGAAGACCCUAAGAAAGAACAAAAAGAGACUGUCUAAUUUUCCAAAGCCAGUUGUGCGCCGGAAGAUGCUGUAACUGUUUUUUUAAGUUUAUAAUGUACACCACUGUUUGUAAAGUCAUCAAAAUUGUGUGAAUUAGUAAAAAGAAGAAAAAUCAUCUAAUUUGGAAGAGAUAAUUUAUAUAAAUUAUUGUAAAAUUUCAUAAAAAAAUGGUCUUCAGUAAGUAACUCCAUAUGGAGUGUGAUUUCCUCAGUCAAUGCAGUUUUCUAUUUUAUAUUAAGACUUCAUACAUUUAUAUAAUAUGUAAAUACAGGUUAUUUUAGGAAUGUUAAAUAAAAAUGUAUACUUCCCAAUGUGCUUACUGUCUGAUAGCUUUUUGAGGGAAUAUUGGGUUGAAUGACCUGUAUUGCUCAGAACUUUGUUGUUUUGCGGGAGUUACAGACUCUCAAAAGUGAUUCCAAAUGCUUUUUAAAAGUUUGUUUAGAAUUCCUGUAACAAGUAAACAUUUUAAAUAUACUAGUUUUAAUUUUAAAAUUAUGUUUUACCUUCUGGGACAAAUAAUUGGACUUAAAAUACAAACUGGUAAUUCCUUACAUUCACAGUUAAGUUGUACUGUAUUGAAGUCAGAAUGUAAACAAUUGUGUUUUAAGCUGUGCAAUAUUUUUUUUUGUAUUUUCUUAAACUUUGGGAAAGCUGCUCUUCAGUUCAUAAAACCAGAUCACACCUCAGAUGUGUCAUUUUUUCUUAAAAUUUGUUGUCAGCAAAAAGUUAACUGUACAGAUGGUGUGAUGCUUACAAUAGCAUAUCAGAUUUAAAAGGAUACUACCCAGAUACUUUGGAAUUUGAGCCAAAAUUAUUUUCUUAAUAUGACUGCUACUAUAAUUUCAAUACUUAUUGUCUGUAAACGUGCUUUGCAGUAUUUGAAGCCUGCAUAUCACAGCACUGAAAACCUGAUGGUGAAGCUAAUGUAAUAGCCUGAAAAAGGUACAAAAAUGUACAGAAAUCUUAGUUACAAACCGUAUUUUUGAAUAAUUAUUUCAUUAACAGUCUUCGGUUAAGGAGUAUAUGUCCCUAUAAAGUUUCAAUUUGUAUAAAUAAAGUCACAAACCUAUUCUUUUAAAAGCAGACAUGGAAGUACUAUUUUGAUGUGCAGUCUUUUAGACAACGGAUUAUUUUUCUGUAUGUUAAUUUAUAUAUGGAUGCAACUUUGAAGACUACAGAACGGUGGAACCUGAUAUUAAACUUUUCCAUUAGUAAAAACUACUACAGUUAUUUUAAGACAUAAUUUAUUUAUUAACUAACAGCUUGUACAUAGUGAAUGAAUGUAUUCAUAACAGACUAAGCUUGUGAAAGAAGAUUGUUCUGGGGCUGUGAUUUUUCUAUCUCAGAACAGAUCAUUCUAGAGAAGCAAUUGCAUGCACUUGGAUAUUUUUCUCCUUGGGGAAGUAUUCAUUACUGAAAGAAAGCCUAAAAAAAAGUCAGAUGUUUAAAAUGUGGAAGUGGCAGUUUGACUGAGACCUUUGAGUCAAGUUAGUAAUCAUUUUCUCUGUAUAUUUUGUACUUGAAUGACUAUAAAUACGGUCAAAGAGGAAAGGGGAGGGAAGUUCUAGCAAUAUUAUUUUAUAUUCACAUUGCACAGAAGUGCAGUGCAUAGCUCAGAAAAUGGGGUAAAAGGUCAGAUUUUCAAAACUGAAAUAGAAUACAGAUGGCACAUCUGAUUGUUUUUUGUAGUGUGCAAGAAUAUUUGUAAAAUACUUUGAUUAUUGUCAAAUGGAACUGACUGAUGAAAUGCUAGUAAGGAUUGCUUAAUAGGGUUUUAACACAUUUCUGUCAUUUAUACUUAUAUGUGUAUAUUUUUUGGUAUGAAAAUUAAUUGGAACAAAUGAAAAUACAGCAUUAGCUGAUUUUA